AAGUGGAAGCGAUUGUUUCGGGAUGCUUCACCUGAGUUCAUCUCAAACAAACGCGCUCAAAUUUUCGGUUUAAUGCAGUUUUACAGGAAAAACAAACUCAACAAUGUCGACGGCAAUGAAUUUCAGCACAAAAUCAUUUAAACCACGACCUCCUGAUAAAGGGUCAUUUCCCUUAGACCAUUUCGGUGAAUGUAAAGACUUCAAAGAGAAAUUCAUGCGCUGUCUCAGACAAAACAAUUUCGACAACACUCUGUGCCGACUACAGUCCAAAGAGUACCUGGAGUGUAGAAUGGACAAGCAGUUGAUGGCGAAGGAGCCUCUUGAGAAGCUCGGCUUCAAGGACCUGAUGGAUCAAGCCACAGAGAAGAGCCAGGAGAAACCUUAACGAAAACAAAUUAUGACAUGUAUUAUUAUUUAAGUUGAUAUAAAGUGUGGUAUAAGGGUAUUUUUCCAAUAGUGUGUUCAUUGAUUUAAUAUAUAAAAUGUAUAAAAAUGUUUGAUAUA